CUCCCCGUAUCUCCCCCUUUAAAAAAUCAAUUGUGCACGAAAAAAAGGGAAUACGCGUAAAAUACAAACACUGGUGACGGUUUGUUUUUGGUGCACGACGGACGGCGACGAGGCGUCCCCGCGUCGUGCGGCGAGAGAGACGGCGGCGACAGGCAGGAGCAGCGAAGAGGGUGUUGUCCUGAUGCUUAAAUGGAAGUGGGUGGGCCUCUACGGUCACACACUGACAACUUCUCUGUGGAUAUUAUUCUGACAAGCGCUAAUUUGCUCGUUUAUGGACUGGCUAUCCGGUAAAAGACACAUACGACGGGGCAGCGAGGGUGCCGACGGGCCAGUGACGUUCACUGUGUUCUCCGUUAUCUCCAUUAUUUGGGGCUGCUUGAUUGUGCCUGCGCUUGGCACCGCCCUUCCUGGACGGUGGGUGGUUUCGUCAAACGGGCAGAUCCGCCACGGCCCAGCGCCGAACAUAUAGGCCGUCCUCCGCCUCUGUACCCGGCCGGCCUUCUACCGUGAACUACACCCUCUCCCUCUCGGUAUAUUAAUGCGUUAUGAGUGACUCGAAGAAGGAAUCAUCUGGAACUGAAGGAGGGAAAGCAUCUAAAAAGGGGAAAAGUUCUGGAUCACAGGAUUCCUCGCAGCCCUCUCCGUUGGCUCUGCUAGCGGCCACCUGCAGUAAGAUCGGAGGGCAGGGGGGACCGGAGGGGGCCCAGGCCCAGGUGGGGGCCCAGCACUUCCAGGUCCAGGGUGGUCAGUUCCAGCUGCAGGCCGGUCAGCUCCAGGGUCAGAUUGUGUUGGACACAGCUGGAGGUCAGACCCUGGUGCCCCAGCAGCUGGAACUGGUCCCAGCUCAGUUCACGGGGAACGGUUGGCAGAUCAUAACAGCAGCGCAGACUAUGGCCAAAGAGAACACAAAUCAGCCUGUUGCUGUGACGGUGGCCACCACCUUGGCUAAUGACAGCUCACCGGCCGGACGCAAGGUGAAAAGGGGGAGAUGCAGUGGGUUUGAGCAAAUGGUGAAGCACCUAGGUGGGAUCAACAGCAUUGCAGCCAAUCAGCAACAGCAGCAGUUCCAGAUCAUCCAGGUUCAGAACCUGCCCAAUGCCGGCGGCGGGGUCCAGUAUCAGGUCAUCCCUCACCUGCAGACUGCGGAUGGACAGCAGAUCCAUAUCAGCCCGGCUCAGACAGCCUCCAUCGGGGGUCUGCAAGAGCAGGUCCAGCUCAUCCAGACACAGAGUCAAGGCCAGACCCAGAUCCUCCAGCCAGCCAACCAGCAAACCAUCCUGACAACUACAGCCAAUCAGACGGUCCCGCUGCAGAUCCGCCCGGCACAGUCUUUUCCAAUGCAGCUGCAGACUCUGCAAGGCUCCCAGACUCCUGUUAUGACCACAGUACCCAUAAACCUAGGUGGCAUGACCCUGGCUUUGCCUGUGAUAAAUAAUAUUGGAGGGGGCGGGGCCGUGCAGCUUAUCCAAUCAGCAGAUGGUACAUUCUCUGUUGCCAAUGGCAACCAGCUGAUGACAACAGCACUGUCUGGGGCAACUCCUGUGCAAAUAUCAACCGGCUCGACGAUAGUAGCUGAAGGUGACAGCGUGUCCGAUAUGACACAAGUGGUUUCUUCAGGUUUAGAGGGUGACAGCCAAGUGCAGAGCAGUGAGGCAGACUCUCAAAGCCAGAACCAGGCCAACGGGCUGCAGAACCAGAUAGAUACAACAGGAACCAUUCAGCAAGUGAUCGUGGGCCAGAUGGGGCACCAGCUGGUGCAGCAGAUCCAGCUGCAGCCUCAGAGUCAGGCCCAGGGGCAGCAGCAACAUCAGCACAUUCAGACCAUCCAGCUGGCCCCAGGACAAACCCUGCAGCCCAUCCAGGCUUUCCAGAACUCUGCCCAGGUCCUUAUUCGUACUCCGACCCUGUCCCCCUCUGGGCAGAUCACCUGGCAGACACUGCAGCUUCCCGGUGGAGUUUCCCUGCAGGGCGGACUCGGGACGGCCAUGUCACAGCAGCUGACACUGGCCCCGAUGGCCGGUGGGACGGCAGUGGGGGGUGGAGGGCUGGUCUCCCUGAGUGGAGCUCCCCUGACGCUGAGCGCAGCCCAGAUCAACCCGGGGUCUGGGGUACAGACUGUCAGCAUCGCAGGGCUGGGCACUGCUGGGGUUCAGAUGCAGGGUGUUCCCCUCACCAUUACUGGUCUACAGGGUCAAACACAGGGUCAGGAUGGGGUGAAGGUUCAGUCGUCUCCAGUGACGGUCACUGUUGGCAACGUGGCAUCAGGGUCAGCGAUGAGUCCAGACCAGCUGGGCUCCGUACAAAGUUCUUCGGACCAAGAGGGACUGCCAAGCAAGAGGCUUCGUCGUGUCGCCUGCUCUUGUCCGAACUGCAGGGAUGGAGAGGGAAGGAACAGCGGGGACCCCACAAAGAAAAAGCAGCACAUCUGCCACAUGGAGGGCUGUGCGAAGGUGUACGGCAAGACGUCCCACCUGAGGGCCCACCUGCGCUGGCACACCGGCGAGAGGCCGUUCGUCUGUAACUGGAUCUUCUGUGGCAAGAGGUUCACCAGGAGCGACGAGCUGCAGAGACACCGGAGAACACACACAGGAGAAAAGCGAUUUGAGUGUCCCGAAUGCUCCAAGCGCUUCAUGCGCAGCGACCACCUCUCCAAGCACAUCAAGACCCACCAAAACAAGAAAGGCGGAGCUGCGGUGGCAAUCAUCACCACUGAUGACAUGGAGGAAGAUGCCCCUGAAGACCUGGACGCCUCCCCUCAGAUUGUGGCUGUGGCAACCCUCUCGCGUGACUCUGACCCCACUACCCCCACCACCUCUAAUCACCUGGAGGAAGAGGCGGUGGAAGAAGGGGAGUUUGAAUAAGCAACUGACUCCUGUUUAUUUGCUGAAGGCUGACUUCCUGUUUUUUUGGGAGUCUUUUGCAGGGACUGUAGGGGUGGCUACUUUUUCUUUUUUACUUUUAAUUUGACAUAAUUUUAAAAAUGUUCAUUCAUGAAAAAGGGACUCAAAGAGACAGGAUCAUGCAAUGAACAAAAACAGAAAAAUAUAAACCACAAUCUAAAAAUAACACACAUAUAAUAACAGAAAUUUAGCCUAAACAUAUGAAAGUUUAGUUUGGCAUUUAUAUAGUGAAUCUAUAAUAAUUCCAUUUGUGGUGGGGAAAGAAAUGUAAGUAGUGUCUAGAUUAGCACAAGACAGGGGGACCUGCUGAAUCUAAAAACAUCCAACAUCGAGAGACAAUUUCUUAAAUCGCAACAGAAUUUAACUCUAUGCACAAAGUUGUGUUCCUGUUUCAUACCUGUCAGACAGUGCUGAGGGUCAAUCAUGGUACAGGACUGUUGCAGAGCAGUGAUAGAGCAGGGGCAGUCUUGGGAUGUUGUGUGUGUAUAUGUGACCUGUACGAAUGAGUGUGUGUUUGUAUUCCCACGCUGUCACCGAGAGGAUCUACCUAAUUUGAGUUUUAUUCAUGGUUCAGGUUUAGUCCUCAGAUCAGAUUCAGGUGUUGAUUCCUUUGAGACCAGUCAACGGAUAAACUGUUAUUAAAGAAGAGAGGGGAAUUCUAAAAUAAAACUAAAAUGAAAAAAAAAAAAAAAGAGUAGAAAAAAGCACAUAUAAAAAAUGUUUAUAAAUAAUGCAUUCCUAUUGAGGCGCAGUGGCCAUUAGAAGAAAAAAAAAGGUCUCUAUAGAUAAAAACAAUCUAGCUUUCUACAACUUUGUUUGUGUAGUGAAAGCAAUACUUUUAUGACAAUCCUAGUGAAAUCAUGUUUACAUUGUCAGGAGAAGUUUUCUCUGUUAAUAAAACAAGCCAGUUCGCUCUAAGAUUAGUGAGAACAUCUGAAAGCAGUGCUGUCGUCUGAACAAAGCCCGUUACUUUGCAGAUACCACAGGGUGGCUUUAACAUCACAGUAACUUGUAACUUUUAUAUGAUCGAUGUCCAUCCGAUGGUACCUGGUAAAUGUGACGGCUUUGUUGGACCGCGGCACCGUCACUGAUGUUGCUUUUUGCUUUCUGUGCUCUGGUGACGACCCCUCUAACCCUGCUAAGUGACCGAUGUACCACAAUUGCCUUAACACAAGCUGUUGUACAGAGGGAACCUCAGUUAGCUGGACGGAGAAAGACAGGGAGCCCUCCUGCAUUAUUAGGGAGUGACAUGGAGAGCACACCACAGCACAGAGAGCUAAAGAGAGUGAUGAGAACUGUGGGUGGGAGUGGGUCAGGCUUUUUAGCUAUGUGGAUAUUAUGAGAUGUUUUCUGGUGGUGUUGCUCCGUGUUAGUUCAGUGCGUACAUUCUUUUUAAAUUAAAAGAUCAUUUUAUUUUAUAGAAUUUAUCAUGUUUUAAAAAAUCCCCUUCCAUUAUGUUAACACACAGGACCCCACUGUGUACGGCUAAUUUAUUAUUUAUCCUUGAUUUGUACUAUUUGCUGGAGUAUUUGUGUGCGUUGAUUCUGAGGUCGUGUACAGCAUGUUCGAGUUUUCUGCCGUAGUGCUGCUUCUCUCUUCUUUACUCUUUGUGCUUCGGUUUUUCUUUUUCUACGUCUGACCAUUGCUGUUCAUUUCUUCUUCUCUCUGCGCCAUAACGUGUUUUUGGAGAAAAUAAAUAACAAAAGAAGAAGAAGAAAGCAAAAAAGUUGCUAUUGUUUAAAGUUGAAAAGGUUGAUACCAAACAAAUUUAGAUGUUUUUGGUAAUAUUUUGUGUGACAACCAACUUUCUUUUCUUUGAUAUUUUGUAGUGACAUCUCAUUUGUAAAUCUUUUUCUAAAAGAUGUUUGUUCGUCUCCAUGACAUUUGAUAAUGGGUUUUUUGCCAGGUUAGCCUCAAAGGCCCCAGUUUAUUGAUAUUUUUCAAACUGGUUUGUACAAACGUGUUAUGUCAAUAAAAAAAAAGAAAAAAGGACAACUUCGAGCAGAAAAGAUGCUUUGCCUGCAUAACACAAUAAAGUGAUUUAAACAGUCUUAAA